UGCCCGUCUGUGAAUGACGUCAUGAUGUGCUAUAUGAGCAAUACUACCCCAGUGGACCUACUGCUGGAUACAUUGUAUGUCUGAACUGGAGGACGGUCCCUGACUGAUGCCAUCGCCCCUGAUCACACCACAUACCACGUGAUCUCACCACAUACCACGUGAUCUCAAGUCAACCACAAAGAGGGAUGCAUCUUCAGCACAACAAAUUCACAGGGUCGCAUUACCACAGCCCGAUGCCACUGCCAUUUGUUUGCAUCAGAUACCACGUGAUAGGUACACAGAUUCCAAGUCCAUUAAGAUGGAUGUAUUUUCAACACAACAAAUUCGUAAGGUCCCAUUACCGCAGCUGUAACCUUCUCGUGACUCCCACACCUGACUCUCCUGUCAACUACACAAAUGCUUAUGGACAAUGGCUUUCCCUCCAAGUCUCAAGGUCAAGCUUCCUACCUCCGUAUAUGUAUACGAACCCUCAACGACCAGAUUGGACUUGUCGUAAUGGACUUCUUACUCCGCGAUGUAUCGGAACUCAAGGACUGGAUUGGACUAGUCUGGAUCCCCUUCCUUACUCCGCGUAA